CCCCUCUGCCUCUCAGGAUAAGCGUUCCUACCUGUCAACAGAUUUAAAAACAUCUGUGUCACUGACAUUACUCCUAGUUUAACGCAUUUUAACAGAAAACGGCGCUAGAGGACAAAGUCCUAGGUGUUCAUAUACAUAUUUAGAAGAUUUAAAUUGCGUUUCCGCGUUUUGUCGCGUCUGUCGGAGCACCGUAAAAACUGCUGCGGGGUGAAAGCGAAAUGAAAUGAAAGGGGAAGUGAAACUUCAGGCAGCUGCUCGGACGUUUAGCGAAAACAGCUUCGAAACAGCAGAGAUUAAACCCUAAAGCAGACUCGAGCUCUGCUAUAUCUCCAGGGUUGGACAACAUGAGCUCUUCAGAAUAUGUUUAUUUCAUCCUAACAGAAAAACCUAAAUUCUACUACAGCGUCAAGCUUGGGAGUUUAUGGUACAUACGGGAGUUCAAGUAUAGGUUUGAAACAUCCAAGCGCAGUCCUCCCACAAAGUUACCAGUAGAGUGUUUAAACUCGAGCACCGGUGUGACUUGUGAUAUUGAGAUAAAAUGCUUAAAGAAACUCGAUGCGGAUGAGGCUGACCUCCUGUUGGCCUGCCAGCCUGAGUCUGAGAGGCUAAACUGGAUCAGAGACGGAUAUGCUGUUCUGGCAGCCCUGGAGCUCACCAUGGGAACAGAUGUGAUGGUUGAAGAAGAUGGACAGAUGUUGAGAGGCAUCAUUCGCUACAUUGGACCCAUUGUAGACCCAAGCUAUCUGCACCCUAUAACAGGAAGAUACUUUGGAAUUGAACUACAGGGAGAAGACAGAGGGAAGGGAAAUACCGAUGGGACCUAUGGAUAUCAGAAGAGAUUCUCUUGUGAGAAGAACUGCGGCAUUUUUGCCCCUUUUUGCAGAGUUAAACCUUCGGCUCCCACCCUUCAUUCUCCCUCCAAGUCUGACCUCCAUUAUGAACAACAAACACAAGAGAUAUUUCCAGGAGACAGCGUCAUCUUCUUCAUUAAAGACAAAUGUCACUGUGGUGUGGUACUAGACAUUCAGGAAGAGUCAGGAACACCUAUGGUUAGGAUCUCCACAGACCUAAAGGAGAAUGGAAGAAGAGGGGUAGAAAUUAAAGUCCCGCUCCACGAUGUCACUAAAGGAGAAAUACCUUCAGGGCCUGAAAGCAUGGAUAUUGAUGCUCCAAAAGUUGAAACACACACUGAUCAAAGCAUGAGUCUAAAUUCUGCGGUGGAGGUGACUUUAGCGAAGGGGAACUCUUAUGGGAUUGUCCGCUGGAUCGGCAACCUACCCAACCGUGAAGGCAUCAUGGUUGGAAUUGAGUUGGAGGAGGACGAUGGCGUGAGCGAUGGUACCUUUAAAGAAAAGCGUUAUUUCACCUGUCCUCCAAAGAGAGCAUUGUUUGUGAAGCCGCAGUCCUGCCGUCCUGAUUCACGCUUUCUGAACAUACCAGCCAAUGUCAAGAAGAUGCCAGAACUGGAUAAAAAAGAAGAAGAUGAUGAUUAUGGCAGCACAGGGAAGCUGGAGACAGUUCCUCCAAUCAGCACAGAGCAGGUCCACCAGCUUCUGAUUGGUCGGAUGAAAGGGAUCCAAGGACACUGUAACUCCUGCUACAUGGACGCUGCCCUCUUUGGAUUGUUUUCCUGCUCCUCUGUGUUGGACUCCAUGUUGUUCAAAUCAACAACUCCUCAAGACGCUCCAAUCCAGAGAAUAUUGCUUCAUGACAUUGUAAACCCUCUCCGCAGUAAGGGAUUCGUUCUGGGACAAAACAUCAUGAAGUUUCGGGAGCAGCUGCAGGAUCACGGCUAUAGUCACUCAUUCACCACUGAGGAGAAGGAUCCAGAGGAGUUCCUCAACAUAGUGAUGCACCACAUUCUUGCCCUUGACCCUCUGCUGAAACUGUCAGCUGCUGGUAAAGUACAGGAGAGCUACUGCUACCAGAUAUUCCUGGACCAGAACCACAGCCUGAUUCUGCCCACAGUCCAACAGCUUCUAGAACAUUCCUUCCAUAACGCAGGACUCAAAUUGGCAGAGGUGCCUUCCUGCCUCAUCCUCCAAAUGCCUCGCUUUGGAAAGAAAUUCAAGAUGUUUGAAAAAAUUAUUCCGUCGCUGGAGUUGGACAUCACCGACCUCCUCUCUGAAGGUCCUCAACAGUGCAUUGUGUGCGGACACUUGGCAGUGGAAGAGUGUGGAGACUGUUUUAAAGAGCCAAUAUUCAACCCAACAGGAUUUAAAGUCUUCUGUAAGAAGUGUUCAGCUCAGGUGCACUCUCACCCUCAGCGCCACUCUCAUCAGCCUGCAGCUCUGGAAAUACCUAAAGGCUACCUCGGCCGUGGCGUCCCUCACACACUGACCAGAGACCGCCUGGAGCUGUUCGCCGUGCUCUGCAUCGAGACCAGUCACUACGUGUCCUUUGUCAAGCAUGGACCAAACAAGGAGGACUGGAUCUUCUUCGACAGCAUGGCGGACAGACAAGGAGAAAGAGACGGCUUCAACAUUCCUGAAGUACAAGCCUGCCCUGAGGUGGGCAUGUACUUGGAAAUGUCUCCGGCUGAGUUGGCAAGUCAGGUCCCGCGUAACAUGAAAGGCGUGGCCAAGCGUCUCUUCUGCGAUGCCUACAUGUACCUGUACCAGAGCACGAGCAUGUGUCUCUAUCGCUGAGGGGACCCGGUUUCUGUUUCCUGCUUCCUUUAAUUUACUGAUUCAUUUUUAAGUUACUGUGUGUGGUAAUUUCAUACAAAUAUUUGCAAACAAAAAGGAAUUUAUAUAAAUAUUUUAUGUCUAAUGCAGGGAAAAUACUUUCAGGCUUGAAUAAUUUAUAGUGAUAUUAUUUCACUUUUGUUAUAUGAGUGAAGGACAAACUGACAAUUAUUUCUUGAUGUAAUUUUUAAACUGAAGGGGAAAAAAUGGUAUUUGAUAAAUAUUUUUUUUUUUUUCGCUGAUCACAUUCCAUCACAUUUGGCAGUGAGUUGUUUGAAAAAACAAAUUCAACUAUUUUCACAAAAGCAGUAAUACAGCAUAUAGCAGAGGAAAUCUUGGCAAUCUAAUAUAAAAACUGAAAUUGACCCUUAAUGAAAACAUGUAAAAACUGUGUUUAUAUAGAAAAAAAUGCUAUUUCUUCUAAAUGCUUUGGAAAGAAAAAUGGUUUCCUUUUGUUCUGAUUUCCUUAGUAAUGUUAUACUUUGGUGUAAAUCUACCAUGGGGAGGGAUGAAAAACUGCACUUAGAAUGGCUGCUAAAACGUUUAUGGAGACCUUUUCUAUGCUGAUGUAUGUUAAUUGCCUCUCAUUGGUGUAUAUAUGUUAUGAUAAACCUGUUUAAAUCCA